AUGUCUCGACACAUCAAAGAAAAUCGAAUGGAUUCUUCGUGAUCGACGAGCUCAGUGUGCAUUUCUACGUGAAAAUUGUAAUCACUACGUUUUCUAUUGUUUUUCUUUUUUGUGUUUCGGAUAAUAUAGGAUUUUUCAACGCCAUUUUUUACGUAUUGUCACAAAGCAAAAUUAUUGUUUUGAACAUUCAAAGCAUCGACCAUGGACGCCGAAAAAUCCUGUAGCAGCUCAUUUGAAGACCUUUCCAAUAUAAACGAACAGGAGCGAGCUGAAAUGAAUCAAGCCAACAAAAAUGAUGAACAUAUGGACAUCCUGGGCAAUAAAACACUUUUGAAAAAAGUGCUUAGGGAAGGACCAGGAUCUCGACCGGAAAGCCGCUACAUUGCUGUUGUCAACUAUACCGGAAGAUUGGAUGAUGGUACCGUUGUUGAGGAGGAGCGAAAUUUGGUGGUGCAGAUCGACGAUGUCGAAGUGGUUCAAGGGCUCGAUAUGGCACUCAAACUGAUGAACGUUGGUGAGCAGGCGGAAGUGAUUGUGAAUUCACGGUUCGGCUACGGUACACUGGGGUUAAAAAACGAAGAACAUCCGGAACGAAGUAUUCCACCGAAUGCGACAAUCACCUAUACCGUUGAGCUAGUGUCUGCCAAGGAGGAAAGCGAUUUGGAGAGUAAAUCGUACGCUCAAAGAAAGGACAUUGGGAACAAGAAACGGCUAAGGGGUAACUUUUGGAUGAAUCGACAGGAGCAUAACUUAGCUAUUCAGAGCUACCGUCGAGCUUUGGAGUACUUGGACGAGAGCGAAGGUGGUAUCACUAGCCCUGCAGCCAGUGAAGUGUCAGAGGAACCGAAUGCAGAUCUUCAGGAACUUCUAGAGGGUCGGAUGAAGGUGUACAAUAAUCUGGCUUUGGCACAAUAUAGGAUUGCUGCCUACGAUGCUGCCCUCAAAUCGGUUAAUUAUGUUUUGCAAUGUCAGCCGGAUAAUGCGAAGGCAUUGUAUCGAAAAGGAAAGAUUUUAGAUGCCCGAGGUGAGACCAAAGAAGCAAUUACAUGCAUGCAAAGUGCAGCCACUAUCGACAAGGAAGACAAACUCAUAGAAUUGGAACUGGCAAAACUAUUCAUCAAGUCGAAAAAGGAAGAUCGCGAUGAGAGAAACUUAUAUCAGAGAAUGCUUGGUCGUGCGCAAUCAUUAGAACAAAAAUCCAAAACUCCCCCUGCUUCACCGAGCAACGAAACAUCGAAGGUAAAGCUAUCCUCUCUCUUUCAGUACAAGCUUUGGGGCUACCUGAUGGGGUCGAUUUUGAUCGGUGUCGCCGGUGUGGCCAUUUAUCGGUACAAUAAUAGGUACUUUUAGACAGCACCCCGAGAUAACGCGUUGUUAAUCACAGCUAGCAGCUAGAGCGCUUUGAAGAGAUUUUAUGGAUCAAAAAAUAAAUUAAAACAAACAAAAUCGAUGACUAGGAUUUCAGCUUUUGUAUAAAUUCGCCAGUAUACAUUUAAUAAAAUUUCUCAGAGCUUUUUGUACACACGGUAUGAGCCUAGGGAACAUUCUUCCAUUAAUCUGUUUGACUUCUGGAAAGCAACAAUCGGAGCUUUUUCGUUCAAACGUAUUAUACCAUAUUUGUAAAACAGUGCUGAAUGAGUAAUGUGAAACAGUGAAGUAUCUGGAAGGAUGAAAAGAAUUUUAGAACACGCCGAGCCCAAUCAUAUUUUUUUACCAUCCAUUAUCGAAUCCACAACGAUAGAUCAUAACACGGAGUAAUAUCGUGGAUUGUAGGUCUGUCCGUGUGAAUAAAAUAGGUGUUUUCGUCAGAUUUUAUCCCUUAUCAGUCCUACACAGAAUAUUUCUUUUUCUGAAAACGGUAAUUUGUCAUUCCAGCAGAUCGAGGUGUAGUGAUAGAGGUGUGUGUAAAAUGUUUUUCAAUAAAAUACACGAAAGUCAAAUA